CUGAACGAGAAGCAACGACGAGGCAUCCAAGUUUCACUGGAAGAGGUUUCACUGUAAUCACCCGCUAACAUGUGGUUUCUCCUAGUGGCGGUGGGCAGCCUGGGAGCGGGGCUGGCGUCGCCCUCGCCAUUUCCAGCGCCGAUCCCCUUCGGCGCGCAGUGCUUGCGCUCCGCCUGCUUCAGUUUAUUCUGGACUUCCAGUAAGUUCGCCGAGGCGGGCGGCGUGUGCGAAGGAGGCGGCGGAUACCUCAUGACCGUGCGCACCACGGUGGCGGCGGAGGCCAUAGCGCUGCUGCUGCGCGACCGCCCUGGCAGCGCGUGGCUAGGCUUGCGCCUACCCGAGACCGACUGCGUCGAGCCGGCGAAGCGCCUGCGGGGAUUUCAGUGGGUGACCGGCGAUGGGCACACGGACUUCGAGGCUUGGGAGAGCAACGGGUCCGACGCCGCGGUGACCACCUGUGGCCCCACGUGCGUGGUGGUGACCCACCAACUGAAGUGGCAGGAGCGUGCGUGCGACGCCUCCGCUGAAGCGAUCCUCUGCGAGUACAACUAUCCGAACGGGACCUGCGAGCCGCUGUCCUUACUCGAGGCCUUCACGGUCACCUACCGCACGCCCUUCGGCGCCCGAGAGAGCGACCUGGGGGCCUCUCCUCCGGGCACGACGGCGGAGGUGCCGAGUCUGGGCGCCAGAUUGGAGUGCCUCGCGCAGGGCAGCAGCGGGUCUUUAGAAUGGGGUUCAGCCGCGCCCGGCGCCUGGAACUGUCAGCUAAAAAAUGGGGGUUGUGAUGGUCGGUGUUACCUGGACGAGCAAGGGAGACCCCACUGCGCCUGCCCGGAAGGCGAAACGUUGUUGGAGGACCAACGGAGCUGCUGGUCCCCAUGUGCCAGCCUGGGAUGCCAGCAGCAUUGUGUGCCUCAGGGUGACUCUGGAAUCUGUAUGUGCUCUGAGGGUUAUGUGCUGGAUUCUGAUGGCAAGAACUGCUUGGACAUUGAUGACUGCCAGGCCACACCAAACCUUUGUGAACAGGAGUGCGUUAACACCCAGGGUGCAUUUGAGUGCCACUGCUGGCCAGAGUAUGACCUGGUGGAGGGCAAGUGCCUCUCAAAAAAAUGGCAGUGCUUUGAUUUGCCAUGUGAACAUGAUUGCAACUUGGUUGAUGGAGAGUAUAAAUGCACAUGUUUUGAGGGGUAUAUUCUAGACCCCAAAAAUCAUCAUAAGUGUCUUCGAGUCUGUAACCAGACUGAAUGUGCUGCGCAAUGUGACCCAAACAAUAUAGAUAUAUGCUACUGUCCAGAAGGAUUUAUCUUGGAAGAGAAAAAUGAGAUAAAGGUAUGCACAGAUAUUGAUGAGUGUGAGUCUGGAGAGUGUACUCCCCACAAGUGCAUCAAUACUCCUGGCAGGUAUCACUGCAUCUGUCCCAAUGGGCAAGAACUAGACAGCUGUGAGCCGCCAUCAGAAGAACCAGAGGAAUAUUCAGGUGCAACUGAAGUUUAUCCCGAAACAUCUGUUCCUCCUUCUUUUGCCCCACCAAAGGAUGGCAGCAGUCGAGGGACAUUGGUGGCAAUCAUAGUUAGUGUCACGUUUAUGGUUGUGGUGUUAGCAGUUAUUAUCUGCUACCUGGUGAAGAAACACUAUGCCGCGCAAAGCAUAGCGGACUACAAGUGUCAGCAGUCUGAAAGCGGUGUGGCAUUGCAGCAUGUCACAACUUGUGCUUCUUCCAGACAGAAAAUGUAGGAAACCUUCAUUCUGGAAGCGGAAAAGAGACAGAAAGCUUAAAAACUGCAUGGAAAUAUUUAUGAAUUUGGGGGAGAGUCUUGUGCAGAUGCUGUUUAAUUUAUAACUGCCUGCAUGAACUCUGAAGUAAUGUUUUCCCUUCAUUUCCUGAGAGCUAAUUGUCAUGCAGUGAGAGCAAUGUUAGUAUUUGGCACUGACUUAUUACAAUGUUAGUGUUUGACACUGACUUAUAAUGUGAAUCACACAUGUGCAGAGACAUGGAGUUUGGACUGCAUUUAUGUAGGAUUUCAGUUCAGUUCUUUUCUCCAGAUGCAACAUGAUUGCUUUAUUAUUUGUUGUAGCAGACAUGAUGCUGUCUGUGUUGAAGAUCAAGAUCACCUGAAAUGGGAGAGAUAUUAAACUCCUCUUCUAAAAGUAUUUUUUCUGGAAACUUCCAUUGUUAAAAUAUGUAUUUAUUAUUCACAGUUUUCACUUUGUUAACAUUAUUGGACAAUGAUUCUAUGUAUCAGUCUUGACGUAUCCUCUGUAUAUGGUGAAGGAGUUAGCUAUCAACUCAUGCCAAAUUGUCAAUUUAAUUUGCAACCCACUACUAUGUAGUCCUUAUUCUCCCCCCCUUUUUUUUUUGUUACUGAUGUUGGCUUGGGAGAAUUUACCAUUAGACUAGACACUAGGUUUGUAAUGCAAACUUGGUAUGCUGUCAAAGUAGUUUUGAGUACUUGCUGUUAUAAGCACACCUACUUUAUCGCAGUGUUGUUACUUUUUCCUUUGUGGUAUCCAUGUGAACUUUCCUUUGUCUUCAUCUCAUUUUCAGAUUGUUCUAUUUGUGGAGUCCUUGGGGUUCUCUGAGCUUGGUUUUCUGACUGGUUCUGAGCAACCCCAAGGAUUCCACAGUUCAACCCUGAGCUACAUAUAUCCUCUUCUAUUGCUCUGUUUGUUUCACAGUGGAGUUCUCUAACUGCAAAACAUGUGACAUACCAGUUGGCACUUUGGACACUUAUUUAACUGGAUUAAAUUGCUUUCCCUCAUGUUUUGUUUCUAAUACAAAAUGUCCACCAGUUUUAGCGGAAGCUGUAUCAUGCCUUUCAGAUUUUCAGUACUGUAUUGGAAAGAGUUGGGGAAUACUUGCAUUUGAGACCCUCUUUUUAUUUUUGUUUAAGACAAUAAGCAUGAUAAAAAGGCUUUAACCAUUUUAAAGCAAAUGAUAUCCAAUCAGCCCUAAGGCAAAAUCCUGCUAAAUGUAAGCCCUUUGCAUUGAUUUCAAGUGCAAAGUGUAACCGUAGCCUGAACUUGAACUAAUUAGCACCUGGAGAGUUUGAUCAUAACUGGAUUCCAAUGUACCUUCUGUGAGUUGCAAUUUCAGCACUGUAAUAUGUACCUUAUUGGAAGUUUGCAAAAAAAGUUACAGGCAUUUGUUGUAUACUAUGGCCAUUUCUUCCUGAAGAAUUUAUAUAUCUUCCAGUGUCACCCAGCCAUUAGUGAAGCAAUAUAAAGCUUGUCCAUAUUACUGUUUUAUCAGCAGAAAAACAGCUGGAUGAAAGUAUAAAGGGCUAUGAAUCACUAGUGAGGAAAUGAUCAAUGUUGCUGCUAAUUGGUUAAUGCAGUUCCAGUGUGAUAUUUUUGACACUUUAAAAUGUGGCUGUUUUAAUAAAUGGGAGUGAAUUAGACACUUUGUAAGUGAACGUUUCAUGUAUUUAUUUAUGUAUGUAUUUAUUUAUUUAUGGAAAAUAUACCAUAAAAUUGUUUUCCAUCUUGUGUAGAUAAGAAAGCCCAUCUCUAUAAAGUAUACAGUUUGCAGCAUGAUCUCUUUAUUAUAGUAAACACAUGUUGUGUUUCAAGCAACUCCUUAUUUUAUCUGACUGAUUCUUGGAAUUUCCAGAUUCUACAGAGAUUCU